UCCCCUAACUUCAAAGUCUCUCUCUAGUAUACCAUAAUCACACUUUUUUCUCUCUGCCAUAUCAGCAAAACACCAUGAUCAGUUCCAAGAAACUCGUCCAGCUGACUAAGAGAUGGCAGAAAUUUGUCGCCAUUAGAAGGAAGAGAAUUUCGUUUCCUAGGCACAACGAUGCAGAAAGUUGUAGUGUAUCAUCUGCGGUUAGCAAAGGUCACUUUGCUAUCUACACGGCUGAUCAACAGCGGUUUGUUGUUCCCCUAGUUUUUCUUGACAACGAAAUUAUCAGACAACUUUUAGUAAUGUCUGAAGAGGAAUUUGGACUUCCAAGUGAUGGUCCUAUUACAUUACCAUGUGAUGCAGUCUUCAUGGAGUAUAUUAUUUCGCUUAUUAGCCAAGGUGUAGGCAAAGAACUCCAGACUGCUUUGCUCGCAUCAGUUACUUCGAAUCGGUGCUCCUCAACCUCAAUGCAUCAAGGGUGGAGAGAUCAGCAAUUUCUUGUCUGCUGAUGUGUCUGACAAACUUUUUUUUUUUUUUUUUUUUUUUUUUUUUGUUUCAAAGAUGACAUGAAACUUAGUUGUAGAUUAGUUCAUAGUGAUUGCAGAAAAUCAUAGCUGAGUAUAUUAGUGUAAUUUUUAUAGAAAUUAAUUCAUUACAGAACUUUCAAAAUUUCAGUCUCCAUGAUUACUAGUGAUUUUCAUGACUGAAAAACCAAAUAGUUGCAGAUAAGAAGUUAGUGAAAUGUGAUUCUAUUAUUCAAUAUGGUGAAUACUUUCAACAGCUCAAAUGAAUAUCUAAACAUCUAAAUUACUGCUAUAUCUGCUAAUGUUCAUACCUCACGCC